AUGGCGGCUGCUUUUAUACAGCACCAAAGAAAGCGAGUUCUUUCGCUUUUGGGUUUUGCUUUGUUGGCUGAUGAAGACAAGGAAGUUAUGCCAAAUAAAAGAAAGAGACAGCAGUAUAUGAGAGAAUGGAUUGCUAGAAGAGAAGAAAAAGGCGUCUACUAUCAACUUAUACGGGAAUUAGAAGUGGAAGAUCACACAGCAUAUCGUGAAUUUUUCAGAGUAAGCAGAGAACAAUUCUUGUUCCUUGUUGAACAAGUACGACCUCUUAUCACAAAGAAAGAGCAACCAUAUCCAAUCAACUGUGUUAGAUCAACUAUCAAGCCCGAUGAGCGUGUGGCUGUUACGUUGAGGUUUUUGGCAACUGGUGAGAGUUUUCAUUCCUUGGAAUAUUCAUUCAGAAUUUCUAGGCAGUGUAUUUCCAUGAUAAUAAUUGAAACAUGUACCGCACUAUUUAAGAUCUUGGGUCCAGCAUAUUUGAAAACACCGAGCAGUCAAGACGAAUGGGACCAUAUUGCUGAAGGUUUUCGAUCAAAGUGGAACUUUCCCAAUGGUCUCGGUGCUAUUGACGGCAAGCGUAUAUUAAUUCAACAGCCUGCAAAUUCCGGUUCACACUUUUAUGAUUACAAGGGAAACAACAGCAUCGUGCUUCUUGCUGUCUUUGGGCCAGAUUACAAGUGUAUCUGGGCAAGCGUGGGCACAAAUGGUAGAUCAUCAGAUUCAGCAAUUUGGCUAAAUGCUGAUUUGCGAACAGCUCUUAGUUCUAUCAACAACCCACUUGAUAUUCCCCCACCUAAAGCUUUACCUGGAAGAAGCAAGCGUGUGCCAUACGUGAUUACUGUAGAUGAUGCCUUUGCAUUAACAAAUUACUUGUUGAAACCAUUCCCCCAAUCUGGUCUUUCAGAUGAUCAGCGAAUAUUUAAUUAUCGAUUGUCAAGGAUGCGACGUAUUUCAGAAAAUGGUUUUGGAUUGCUCGCAAACAGGUGGAGAGUUUUCCGAAAUGCCAUUCAACUUCCUCCUGAGACAGUCAACAUAUUAAUAUUGGCAGCACUAGUACUACACAACUAUCUCAGGUAUUAUAUUCAUGGUCUCAUUGCUUCUGUUACUAUCUCUCCAGGGUCUUAUCUAGGAUUAAGAUGUUGAGAAGAUCCCAGUUAUGUUCGCUAACAAUAGACUUUGCCAGUUGUAGCCAUGGCAACACAGACACAGUCUUCUAAGACCCUGUAACCCCCAAAUAACAAAUAGGAGUGUGGGUUAACCUUUAAUUAUUUUACUCUAAUGCCAGAUGAUAUUACUUGUUAGUGGGAGUCUCAAGCAUUAACUCAUCAGGUGCCAGCACACUCCCCUUAACAAGUAAAAUCAUAUGGUGUCAGACAAAGUAAAUAGAGUUGGGUGCAUGAAGGUGCAAUGCAGCUUAAUGGUUAUGAUUUAAUUAAUAUUAUUCAUUCAAUUAUGCUAUCUUAGAGUCUCAAAUCUUGAAGUGUUGGAUAGAGAGGAUGGGCAAGGGAAUAUUUUACCUGGACAUUGGAGAAAUGAUGAGGCAUCAUGGCAGGAAUUUCGCCCCAGUGUAGUAACAACUACUCAAAUGAAGCACGGCUUAUUAGAGAGGAGUACAUGCAAUAUUUUAAUAAUGAAGGUGCAGUCCAAUGGCAAUGGCGACAAUGUGGUAUAG